GAAAAACACCCUGGUGUUGAUCCAGAAACAAACGUUUCUUGUUCUGAGAUUCCAAGGCCGGCCUCACUCGCUUUCUUUUCUGGCGAUAUUUGUCCCUCGCGAGACACCGUUGAUCGUCCAGGAGGCGUGACUAGGAGCGGGAAGUGGGGCGGGCGCGGGGCUGCGGAGCCAGGGCUGCUGCUGUCAUGGACGCCUGGGUUCGCUUCAGUGCUCAGAGCCAGGCCCGGGAGCGGCUGUGUAGGGCCGCCCAGUAUGCCUGCUCCCUUCUUGGCCAUGCACUACAGAAACAUGGGGCCAGUCCCGAGUUACAGAAACAAAUUCGACAACUGGAGGGUCAUCUGAGCCUAGGAAGGAAGCUUCUACGCCUGGGUAACUCAGCAGAUGCCCUUGAGUCAGCCAAACGAGCUGUGCACUUAUCAGAUGUUGUCCUGAGAUUCUGCAUCACUGUUAGUCACCUCAAUCGAGCCUUGUACUUCGCCUGUGACAAUGUCCUGUGGGCUGGAAAAUCUGGACUAGCCCCCCGUGUGGAUCAGGAGAAGUGGGCCCAGCGUUCAUUCAGGUACUAUCUGUUUUCCCUCAUCAUGAAUUUGAGCCGUGAUGCGUAUGAGGUUCGCCUACUGAUGGAGCAAGAGUCUUCAGCUUGUAGCCGGCGACUGAAGGGUUCCGGAGGAGGAGCCCCAGGAGGAGUUGAAACUGCAGGACCUGGGGGUCCAGGAACUCCAGGAAGAGGCUUGCCUCAACUGGCUCUCAAGCUUCAGCUCCGAGUCCUGCUCUUGGCUCGGGUCCUCCGAGGUCAUCCCCCACUUCUGCUGGAUGUGGUCAGAAAUGCCUGUGAUCUUUUCAUUCCACUGGACAAACUAGGCCUCUGGCGCUGUGGCCCUGGGAUCGUGGGCCUUUGUGGCCUCGUGUCCUCCAUCCUGUCUAUUCUUACUCUAAUCUGCCCUUGGCUACGACUCAAGCCCUGAUAUUCUGGUACAGGAUAAGGAGGGGAUCUGAAUUGGUAAGAUGGAAUCUUAGAUCAUCCCCAAUGUACCAGCCUCAUUCUAAUUCUACUCCUUGGUUAAAGUUAAAAUCCCAAGAGUUCGGGGUAGAGGGAGGAGCUUUGGGGAAGGUGAGGUGAAGAGAGGUGACUUGUGAAGUCAACGGGAUGAUUCUGAUGUUCAGAUCUUCUGGGGCUUUUGCUUUUUCCUCCUUCAUUGCAAUGUCUAUGUCUCUCUUGACCCCUUUUACUUUGUGUUUCUUGAGUCUAUUUAAGAUUCUGUCUCUGCAUCUUUUUUUUACCUUCUCAAUUUGCUGUCCUAGGAAUUUAAUCAGUAGAAUUACUUUUUUGGUAGGGGAGGUAGAAGGUGUGGUCUGUGAGGUUCUAACUGCCUUCUUCUUUUUCCUCACAAAGGUGACUUGUGGCAGAUUUUACCCCCUUCAAAUGCCACCAAAGCAUAACUUUAGAGACUUCAUGUCCCAGUGGAUUCUCCCCUCAUGCACCAGAGGUGGUUUGCUACUUCCUCCUUCAUGUCUACCUCACCAGCCUCCCUCAUGACUUGGCCCUUCCCUCUUCUACUCACACCUGCAGAUUUCUGCUUACACUUUUAUUUCAGGGCUUUGUUCCCUAGCCUGUUCUCACCCCUUCUUUGCCUAUCCAGAAGGAUGCUGUGUCUAGCAUCUUGCUGUAAAUACUGUACAGUGAUUCUGUGUAAAUAGCUGUGGGCGUGCCCACAAUGGGGAGCAAGCCUUCAGGUCAGCACAUUAAAGGUCCGUUUGCUCAUCA